UUAUCGAUAUAUUAAGCUUACUAUUGUCCGUUUCAUAUUUAUUGUUUAUACAAACAUAAGUAAAAUGAGCGCCUUAAAAUUAAUGUACAAACUAUAUGGCAGUGCCGGCAGACGCACCAUAGCUCCCGCCACACGCGCCCUUUACCAUGCACACAAUCAUGGCCAGCGUCAAUACCAUUUGCUGGCCAUAUCAGCAUUACCAAACAACAAAUACACGUGCCUGCAGCGCGCAACCUUCAGCGACAAGCUCGAAACGGGAGCGCAGCAAGAUGAAAGCAAUCGGGUGGCCACCAACAGCAUACCCUUGGCGGAGCUGCAGACCAAAAUGCAGCUCAUCUAUACGUGCAAGGUGUGCCAAAGCAGGAACAUGGAGACCAUAUCGAAGGUUGCCUACAACCGAGGCGUUGUUAUUGUCACAUGCAAAGGCUGUGCCAAUCAUCAUCUAAUUGCAGACAAUUUAAAUUGGUUCACGGAUCUCAAUGGCAAGCGGAACAUUGAGGAAAUAUUGGCCGAAAAGGGGGAACAAGUUGUGAAAAUUGUCAGUGAUAAACAUGAAUAUUUGCCAAGCAAUUAAAACCCAUGUUAUUAGCUAUAAA